AUGCAACCUCAAACCGUUGUUGUGCUUCCAGGAGACAAGCUGCCUCUAUCACCAUCGUCAUCACAAUCUGCGCUCACUUUGGGUCCCGGUAUCUAUUGCAACCCACAAACACAUGAAAUAAUCCCCACUCAGGCGGGAAUAGCACACAUCACACACCCUAAGCCUCAUAGGACACAACUUUAUGUGGAUUAUGAUUCCAAGAGGUACAUUCCUUGUGUCGGUGACCUUGUCAUUGGAUGUAUUGUGGGUACGCAAGGUGGUGAUUCGUACCGUGUGUCAUUAAGUAAUUUUUCCAAUGAUGUAUCGUUACCAUAUAUGGCUUUCCCUAAUGCAUCUAAGAAGAAUAGACCCACUUUGGUGAAGGGAGAUCUUGUUUAUGCGAAAGUUGCUAGUGCGGAGAAGGAAUUGGAGGCUACUUUGGAGUGUUUAGACCCAGGGUUUGGGAUCCUGGAGGAUGGGAUGGUGUUAGAUUGUCCGCUGAGGUUUGCUAGGAUGUUGUUGUUUGAAGGUGACGAUAAGCAAAAGAAGGAGGGGACUAGUUCGUUACUGAGGUUGUUGGCGAGACAUACGAAGUUUGAGAUUGCCAUUGGGAUUAAUGGGAAGAUAUGGAUCAAGUGUGAUACAGUGAGUGAUACUUUGGCAUGUUAUAGAAUUGUACUAGAAUGUUGUAAGAGUCCCGUGUCGCAAUAUGAUUCCAUUGUCAAGAGACAUUUCAAGGAAGUGGCGAAAGUGGUGGAAGAGUAG